AUGUGGACUAGUUUCUCAGGAUUUUAUUUUUGUGCAGAAUUCAGUUUUAACCAUUCAGAACAUUAUUUGAGGAUGAAUAUAAUUUUUUUAUUAAUCAUUCUAAUCCAUGGAAUAAAUGCAGCAUCCCGUCAUGGUAAAGACCUCAAGCCGCACAUGCCAAAUGUGUGUUCUGAGCAGGACGUUAAACUGGUGGCCCAUAUGCAGCCAUGUGUCCAGGCCUUCACGCGGAUGGUUAAAGUUUGGAAGCAGGGAUGUCAGGGACAGUCUUGGUGUAUGGGUUACGAGAGGAGGACUGCAUACUACACCGCAUACAGGCAAGUGUAUCGUCGGGAAUAUCAGACUGUUUUUAAGUGCUGUCCAGGAUGGUCACAGCUCAAUGGAGAAGCUGGAUGCUUGUAUCCUGUGUGCAGUUAUGGCGUGUGCUUUAAUGGAGGUCAUUGUAGAGAGGGUUCGGGCCAACUCUGUGACUGUCUGGCGGGCUUCAGUGGCCCAAGCUGCCAGUAUGAUGUGAACGAAUGUGAGGAUAUCAAUGGUGGCUGUGAAUCUCUGUGCUGUAACACCAUCGGCAGUUUCUAUUGCAAGUGUCCUGCAGGUCAACAGCUCAAAGAAGAUGCCAAGAGCUGCCAAGAUAUUGAUGAAUGCCAGGUGCAUAACGGCGGCUGCCAGCACAAGUGUGUGAACACCAGGGGGUCGUUUCACUGUCAGUGUAAUGCUGGCUCUCGACUGCAUGUGGACGGACGCACCUGCAUCACUGUUCACUCCUGCAGUGUUGGAAACGGCGGUUGUGAACAUGUUUGCGUCCAGCAGAGUGCAGGUCACUUCCAGUGUCGCUGUCGACCUGAUUACAGACUCGACGCGGAUGGAAAACACUGCAAAUUGGAGAACCCGUGUGCGGUGCGGAAUGGCGGUUGUUCUCAGGAGUGCAUCAGGGAUGGAGUUCAGACCCACUGUGGCUGUCGUCCGGGUUAUCAAUUGGCCAAAGAUGGCAAGACCUGUGAAGACAUUGACGAGUGCCAGACGGGCCAGGCGGACUGCGCUCAUGAUUGUCAUAACACUCGGGGAUCUUUCAUGUGUGUGUGUCACACUGCCUAUGAAUUGGGUGUUGACGGGAAGCAGUGCUAUCGUAUAGAGAUGGAGAUUGUGAACAGUUGUGAUCAUAAUAAUGGUGGUUGUUCCCAUCAAUGUGAGCAUUCAACCACUGGACCUGUGUGCAGCUGUAACCAAGGAUACCAGCUAGACGAUGAUCACAAGACCUGCAUUGAUAUAAAUGAAUGUAGAGAUGGCAGCUUGUGCUGUGUGCAGGACUGUACAAACUAUCCUGGAGGAUACGAGUGUUACUGUACAGCUGGAUAUCGCCUGAAUACCGACGGGUGCAGCUGUGAUGAUAUAGAUGAGUGUUUGGCUUCAAAUGGAGGAUGUGAUCACAUUUGUCAAAACAGUGCUGGUUCCUUCCAAUGUUACUGUAGACGUGGAUAUCAUCUCGAUGAAGACCGUCGUUCAUGUAUAUCUCUGGAGGAUGCAGUGGAGGAUCUGAGCAGAGGUCACACAGUGGAACGACCACGACCACAGUUAACCAUCCUGCAGGAUUAUGAGCAAGUUCUGGAGAGAUAUGAUGACUAUGAGGAGGACACUGGGGAACUGAGAGCUGAGAGCACGCUAGCUAAGAAAUUCAUCUGUUUGAAUGAGUCGUUCGGCUUUGACUGCAGUCUGUCAUGUGAAGAUUGUGGUAAUGGUGGAGUGUGUAACAUACACAGAACCGCCUGUGUCUGUCCUGACGGAUGGACAGGAAUCAUCUGUAAUGAGACGUGUCCUGAUGGCUGGUUUGGCAGGAACUGUUCGUUCAUCUGUAAGUGUAGGAAUGGUGGUGUGUGUGAUCCGGUCACUGGCAGCUGCCGAUGUCCACCAGGAGUCAGUGGAGAUCUGUGUCAGAACGGUUGUCCUAAGGGUCUCUAUGGAAAGUUUUGUAAUAAGAAAUGUAAUUGUGCUAAUAACGGGCGUUGUCAUCGCGCGUAUGGGGCGUGUCCGUGUGACCCAGGACUGUAUGGACGAUUCUGCCACCUGCCAUGUCCUAAGUGGAUGUUUGGACCGGGCUGCUCUGAAGAGUGUCCGUGUGUCCAGCAGAACAGUGUAGAAUGUGACCGUCGUCAUGGCGCCUGCAUCUGCAAACUAGGUUACCGGGGCGACACCUGCAAAGAAGAGUGUCAAUUAGGCUUUUACGGCUCUGGGUGUGACAUGAAGUGCUCUUGCCCGUCUGGAGUAGCCUGUGAUCAUGUGACCGGGGCGUGUCAACCCCAUUGUCCACCUGGAAAGCAAGGAGAGAAAUGUGAUCAAAAUUGUGUUGAUGGGAGAUUUGGGAUUGGCUGCUCUCAGUCAUGUGACUGUUCAGGGGCACCAUGUGACAAGAUCACUGGCCAAUGCUUGUGUCCCCCUGGAAUAUUUGGAAAAUUCUGUGAGAAAGAGUGUGCUGAUGGUCGCUGGGGGUUUGAGUGUCGGGAAACGUGUCCAGCUUGUGACAAUGGAGGACAUUGUGACAAACGUAAUGGAACGUGCAUCUGUCCGUCCGGAUACAUCGGCAGAUUCUGCCAAAACUUGUGCCCCAUGGGUCGGUUUGGUCAGGGUUGUCAGCUCAAAUGUUCAUGUGAUAACGGAGGUCGCUGUGAUGCUGUAAGCGGGCGAUGCUCAUGCCCAUCUGGCUGGACGGGACACAAUUGCAGGAAAGCCUGUGACGUUGGCCGCUGGGGUGUGGACUGUGAGAGUGUGUGUGACUGUAAAAACACUGACCAGUGUGAUGGUCAGACAGGACGCUGUCACUGUGAGGCGGGAUUCACAGGACCACAAUGUGAACAGAAAUGUCCUGCUGGUUCUUUUGGACUGGGCUGUAAGCAUCGCUGUCAGUGUGACAAUCAGGCGUCAUGUGAUCAUGUGGGCGGAGCUUGUACUUGUAAGCUCGGCUGGACUGGAACCUUCUGUGAAAAGCCUUGUCCACAGGGAUUCUAUGGUCUGGAGUGUCAACAGAAGUGUGUGUGUAUGAACGGGGGUGUCUGUAACCACAUCAGUGGAGAAUGUUCCUGUCUGCCAGGGUGGAUUGACACACACUGUAACCAAACAUGUCCUGUUGGAUUGUAUGGAGAGAGCUGUUCUCAGGUCUGUGUUUGUCACAAUAACAACAGCUGUAAUGCAGUGAGCGGUCAGUGUGACUGCACUGCGGGGUGGACGGGCGACAGCUGCUCACAGCAAUGUUCCUCAGGAUUCUUCGGGGUAGGCUGUGCUCAGAGGUGUCUGUGCCAGAAUGGCGGUGUGUGUGACCCUGUGAAUGGCCGAUGCUUUUGCCCCAGUGGCUGGACGGGUGCUGCCUGUGAACUGGAAUGUCCAGCGGGUCGGUUCGGGUCAGAUUGUCAGGACAUGUGCGAGUGUGAGAACGGAGGUCAGUGUGACAGACAGACGGGUCAGUGUGUUUGUCGGCCGGGCUGGACCGGAGAACACUGUGAGAAUGCUUGUGCAUCGGGACGGUUUGGAUCGGGCUGUGAGGGUCAGUGUGAGUGUGAGCACAGCGCCCCCUGUCAUCAUGUGAGCGGAGUGUGUUUAUGUCCUGCAGGAUGGAGAGGAAGGCGCUGUGAGAAAGCGUGUCUGCCGGGCUCAUAUGGUCAAAACUGUCUGCAGCUCUGUUCCUGCCCACGGGGCACGUCAUGUCAUCAUAUCACAGGAGACUGCGGCUGCCCGCCUGGAUACACCGGUAACGGAUGUGAACAGAUCUGUCUGUCUGGUACGUUUGGCAUCAACUGUAAUCAUGUGUGCCAGUGUUCAGAGAGAAACCAGCUGUGCCACCCAGUGACUGGAGUGUGUUACUGUGCGCCAGGAUUCACAGGACCUAAUUGUGAACAGGAGUGUGAUGAGGGUUUGUAUGGACCGGACUGUGUGCGUCAGUGUCAGUGUUUGAACGGUGUAAUUUGUCUUCCUGCCUCGGGCACCUGUGAAUGUUCACCCGGCUUCAUCGGUCCCCGCUGCAAUCUCACAUGUCCAACUGGACGCUAUGGGCAGGACUGUGCCCAUGUGGCAGCCUGCGGAAAGGAUGCAAGAAACGAUCCGGUCACAGGCAGAUGUAUUUGUGCGCCAGGACGCCACGGAGACAACUGUGAUCAGGGUUGUGCAGCAGGCUUGUUUGGACCGGAUUGCUCGCAGCGUUGUGACUGCAGUAAUGGAGGUCUGUGUGACGCAGUCUCAGGAAACUGCUUGUGCGGUCUGGGGUGGACUGGACAGCAUUGUGAGAAAGGAUGUCCUCAGGGCAGGUAUGGUCCUGAUUGUACACUGGAGUGUUUGUGUCAGAACAACAGCACUUGUGACCAAAAAACAGGAACCUGCCAGUGUAAACCGGGUCAUUAUGGACAGCGUUGUGAACAUGUGUGUCCCGCUGGUCUGUAUGGGCUGCAGUGUCAGCGGCAGUGUGAUUGUGUUAACGGUGCAUCAUGUCACUUGAGUUCAGGCCAGUGUCUCUGUACCGCGGGAUUAUACGGGACUCGCUGUGAAAGACACUGUGAGCAGGGCACAUUCGGUCAGAAUUGCUCCCAGUCAUGUGACUGUGCGGAGGGCACACCAUGUGACCCGGUGAGUGGCAGGUGUAUCUGCACAUCGGGAAAGACUGGAGUCAGGUGUGACAGCGAUUGCAGUAUGAACCGGUACGGUCCUGACUGUGCUCUGACGUGCGGAUGUGAGAAUGGAGCUCAGUGUGACAGUAGAAAUGGACGCUGCACAUGUCUGAACGGCUGGAUUGGUCUCACAUGUUCAGAACGUGGAUCUCCACUGCUUGACCACAGACGUUUAGGAAAGGAUCUGUCACAAUAUAACAACUCAUAGCACCCACAACCAUGAGUCCUAAUCAAGACAUGAAGCUAAAUAAAACCACAAUUUGUUUAAAUAUUCUUUUGGACCAAUAGGAACCUCUUUAGCAUUUGAUGGACGUGAAACUGACAUUGAGACGCAAAGUGCCUAGUUUUGGAGACUGUAAUGGCUGUGACUCAACAGUGUACUUUCAGUAGGGUUCAGACUGGUAAACUGGUUUGCUGUAUGAAAACGCUGCACUGUGCUUAAUCUCACAGGACACCAGCGCAGCAAAUGCUCGCCCAGUGCAACGUCUUCUGUUGGCUGUAGUCAUACUUGAUUGUUUAAUGUUAAAUGUUCUUUCAUGGUAUUUUCAUAAUGCCUGUGUUGUAUUGUGUUAAAAGAGCUGGAUCUCCAGGCAUUUGACUAUUGGAGUAAACAAGAGAAGUGCCUUUUAGUUUUAAUAACUGUGUAAAACAUUUUGUUUGUGGUUCAACAAUUAAGUUUUCCAGGAUUUUACAGAACAGUUCAAAAAAAGAUUUCAUUCUAAUGCAGCAUUUUAUAAAAUAUUGUUUUAAAAUAUUAAAUAAAAAAAACGGACUAUUGACUAACUGUAAUUAAAUUAACAUUCUUCAACAUUUUCAAUCAGUAUUUGUUUUACCUCUGUGACAGACUGUAACGUUUGAUAAAAAUGUCUUUGUGGAUUUAAUGAAGAUAUUUAACUCUAUACCUUAAAUGACAAUUUUUAGAGAUGGUGCUAAAUUGCCCUUUUACUAAGGGAGAGCAUGUAUAUGAAUUACACUGAUCAGCCACAACAUUAAAACCGCCUGCCUAAUAUUGUGUAGGUCCCCCUCGUGCUGCCAAAACAAUGUCAACCCGCAUGUCAGUGUGUGAAAAUCCCAGGAGAUCAACAGUUAAAGAAAUACUCAAACCAGCCCGUCUGGCACCAACAAUCAUCCAUGUGAUUAUCAAAUCAGCCAAUCAUGUGGCAGCACUCAGAUAACCGCUCUGUACAAUUGUAGUGAGAAGAAUAUAAUCAGAAUGUUAUUCUGGGAUGCAGGUUGGCGCUGUUUUGGCGGCAUGAGGGGGGCCUACACAAUAUUAGGCAGGUGGUUUUAAUGUUGUGGCUGAUCUGUUUAAGUAAUGCCGGAAAACAUCGGGAACUACUUUUUGGUUUGUGUGUUUAUUUUUAUGCAUACGGCAGUUUUCUCGGCCUAUUAUCAUUUUAUCUGUUCUGUUUAUCCUUUUUUGACUUGUGAUUUGUAUAAAGUUUGGAUUAUUUAUAUUUUGUAAAAUAUUUUUUUUUAAAUGCUGCAGCUCGUUAAUGGAUGAAAUGUUUAAACAUUUAUUUAUAGACAAGUAGGCAAUGUUUGGAAUGGAAUACUAGCCUACUGCACCGUACAUUAUUCUAACUACUAUUUUAUAAAUAUCAUGUAAAACAGAAUGCAAAUGCAGAAUCAGUGUUGGGUGUAAUGUGAUUAAAAAGCAGCGUAAUAUUACACUUAAUUGAAAGUCAGUAACUGUAAUCUGAUUACGAAAAUUAAGUGAAUUGCUUUUAAGUACAUCAGGUUGGGGUUACACAUAUAUCUCAAAUAAUAAUUACAUAGAAUACAUUUAAAGCAUGAAUUAUGUUCAUAUAAAUGUCUGUUUGCAUUUCUGUGAAUGUUGGAGCAACUAACAAUUAAUUUAAUGAGAGAAAUGUGUGUGUGACAAUAAACAUGAAGGAAAUAUAGAUUGUUUUAAUUCCUUGAGCGGAAAAACAAACUUUUCUGUUAAAGGUGUUUAAGAAAGUACAGCGACUUAAAUGUUCUAAUUUAU